UUUAACGUAUCUUUUUUGUUUGUCUUGAAAUCCUACUAGCCGCUACUCCAAAGUUCAAAUUUCUGAAACAGAAAACGCUCUCUCACUCACUUCUUCCCAUCAGUUUCACGGCGGAAUCAGAACCCUUCACCGCCGAUGACUUCCUACUCUGACGCUUCUCCGAUAAAGAACGAUGUCAAAGAUCGACGUCUCAGCAUCAUCGACUUUCUCUCUGCCGAUGAUUCUCUUCUCGAUCCCGUGUCUUCCAAUUACCACCAAAAUUCAGAAAACGAAGCUUGGUACACUCCGAAUUCAAAAAAAUUUGAAGAUGCUGCUACAAAAAUUGAACAGUGGGAAAACGAACCUCAAACAUCUGAAACAAAGAAGAAAAACCCUAAGUUCAAUUUACGAAAGAGUUUAGCUUGGGACACUGCUUUUUUCACUAAUGCUGGGGUUUUGGAUGCUGAGGAGUUAACUAGUAUAAUUGAAGGUGUUGAGAAGGAAACAUUACCAAGGAUUGAAGAGGAUGUAUACAAAUCAUGUGAAUCCAUUUCGACCUUAGGGAGCGAUAGUUUAACCUUUGAAACUGAAAGUGUUGAUUUGGAGGGUGAUUUGUUUGAGGAUGUUCGAGCUUCGAUUCAGAAAUCUAGCAAUAAGUCCAAAAUUGCUAGUGCAGCUACCAGAAUGUCGUCUAGCUCUGGGAUUCCGGGGUUGCCAACCAGAGAUUCUGGAAAGGUUGGUGUGGUUCCUCGCAACAAGAUGAAGGCAUCACCUGCUUCAAGGAAUCUACCAGCUGUUGCGAGAGUAAUCGGGAAGACGACAAACAAGAAUAAUCCUACUUUUACACAAAUACCACAGCCUGUCGCUGCAAGGAGGGAGUCAUCUAUUUCAAAGCCGUCGAAGGUGCCAACAAAGCCUAGUGCAAAUUCCACAAUUUCAUCCAAGAGAGCAUCGCUUAGUGUUCCACAUAUCAUAAGCGAAAAGGACAAGGCAAAACACACAAAUGGUUAUAGAGUCAGUUUAGUGUCAAGAGCAUCUGUUAUUGGAGGUUCAAGGGGUACGGAGCCUAAGUCCACAAUAUUAUCCAAAUUAACUUCUGGCCAGUCAAUAUCAACCAAGACAAAAUCAGCAACUUCCAAAUCUUCCGGUAGCAACUUAUCUGGUAAAUCUCCAUUUAAUUCCGCAAGAAGAAACGUUAUUGCUGGAACUUCAAAGCCUCCCUCAUCUCGCCUUCCCGCAAGAACACCAUUGGGCUUCGCUUCAAGAAACAAAACUGAAUCUGGGAAUUCUAGUCUCUCAAGCUUGAUUUCUGCUAACAAACUUUCUUCUAGUAUUUCACCCGCUAGUUCUGUUAGUGACUGGUCUUCAGAGGCAUCUGUAUCAACUUCUAUGCCUAAACACAUGUGUGAUAGUUCAAGGUCCAGCAUUGAUAGUAACUCCAGCAGAAAGGUUUUAUCAGACACUAAUGCAGAUCAAGGUAUAAAUUCUCAGAUUUCUCGGAGUGAUUUUAACUUAGAAGGGCAGGAGGCUCAGCAAAAUGGAAUUAUCAGUCAAAGUGUAAGGACUGCUUCUGUGGCAGCAGUUAAUCCCCCAGCUCCUGCAAAACCUUCAGGCCUGCGACUGCCUUCGCCAAAGAUUGGUUUCUUUGAUGGGGCGAAAUCCUCAGUGCGCACUCCACGUGGUGGAGCGCAACCACACACUUCUGUGUCUCAUGGCUUGCUAAAACAUGGAGCAGGAAGUUCAAGUGAAGGCCAAAUCAAAGCAAAGCUGCAAGCAGUGAGAUCUAUCACGCCAAUUGCAAACAAAAAAGUAGAUAACCAGCAAAACCCACAUCUAAAUCAUAUUGAUGAAUCAUUAGAUGUUGCAAUUAAGACAUCUAGUGCAGAGCAGAACGUCAAAAGCCCUUCUGAAAUGCUGAAGGGUGCUGUUAAAAAUGUUGAAUAUACAUCACUGUCGCAUGAAAUGGAGAGAACUAAUUAUGAUUUGUGUCCACUGACCCGUGUCGAUCACCAGGACAGUGUCUAUCAUUAUAAUCAAGUUGAUUGUUUGAUCGAACAAGUUGGACUCGUGAACAUAAAUUCCAAGACUCAGGAAAAGAUCAACGGUGAUUCUCUUUCUUUUUGUAAGACUGAUAUCAGCUUCCAAGAUAAAUCCAAUGGUAUGGAGUUAUCAAAUCACAAGGAGCUUUUUGAUUAUCCUAAAAACCAAGAAUUAAGCAAAGGUUUGUCUACCCCGUAUCAAUGUGUCACCCCUACCAGCAUUGAUAUGGCAACUUCAGCAAGGAUACCCUUUGCAGCAAAAGAUUCAUUUUGCAACAUGGAUUGUACUGUUUUGACAGAACCAGCAACUUCAGAGAUAAAAUCAACCAACUUACCUGUGCUGGAAAGCAUUACAAAAGAAAACAACUGAGAUGAUAUGAUAAGUUGAACUGCUUUUUUUUUUAACUUGCCGCUUUGUGCUAAAAGUGCAACUGUAAAAGUCUUGAUCUUGAUGUAUGGUGUUCAGAUUACGAAUACCAAGUCUUUAAGUACUUGCUCUACUGUUAUUUAUUUGUAUUUGAGCGGUCUCUUUUUCCUUGGGUUCAUUGCCAUGAAUCCUGUUAGCAUCGGAUAUUUUGAACAAGAAGAAAAUGAACUUGGUGUUGUUGUAAUCUUAUUUCAUUUUCUUAACAUUUGAAGAUUUAAAUCCAUGUAAUGUUAUUUA